AUGCAGAGACUACUUGAGCAAUGUUGGUAUCACAAGGAACAUGUAGCCUCAUCUCCCAUAAGCGCUGAAACCGUUUUGCUGUCGACCCACCUCGGCCUGAGGGCCUUACAGGCCUACGUGGACCGAGGUCGCGCCAGGCUCAUUGAUACGGGGGAAUUCACGUCGGUAUCAGUUAAGGAGGGUAGCCAAAGUGAUGUCCAAGGACUCCCCUGCGGGGCUCGCACCUUGCUAAUCGAAAAGGAAUCAGGAGAAAUCGUAGUAAGAGGGGUUAACAAAUUUCGUGACAUCGAAGAAGUAGGAGACGAGUGGGUAGUAGACGAGAUGCUAUGGAGCGGAUGCGUUGUGUGGGCCCAACGCAAGCUUGCUGGGUUUGUCGUAACCUUGUUUUCGCUAGACGGAGAAACGCUGGGAUGCAUGUCCAAACACGUUGUAGAGGGGCCACACGUUGAGCUGUCAAGAAGCCUUUUGGAUGAAGUGCUGACAAAAGAACAACAGUGCCGACUUGCCGAAAAGCUCUUCAGACUAGAGGCUUCUGCCACGUUUGAAUGCGUCGAUAUUCAAAGUGAUUAUCAUCAUCCGGUACUGGAGCAUCCAUGUUUUAACAGACGAUUGGUCCUUUUGUCAGUUCAAAAAAGAAGUACUCUCGCUGAGCUUACGCUUUGCUUCACCCAAACCCAGCAACUUGCAAAAGAAUUUGGGAUGUUGUGUGUUCCUGGGGUCGUUUUGCUUGAUGUUGAGGCUGUCAGAGAUGCCAUUCGAUGCGUGACCCCAUGGUAUGCUAUGUACCCAGCACUAAAGGAAUGCUCUAUUCUUGCUGAAGGCAUUGUCUUAUUAAUUGAGAUCCCUCAACAUCGGCUUACUGAUCACCACCACAAAUGGUUUGUACCUGUGCGCCUGAAGAUAAAAACCACGAGAUAUAUCGUGCUCCGCUCCUUACGCUCUCUUCUUCGAGGUGACUCACAACCCCGAUUGGUUUUAUAUCACCUCUCUAUGGUAAAAUGGGCUCGUUUACAUGGCGUGGACCUUAAAAGGGAGGAGCAGACAGAGGGCGUUUACACUCUCAGUGAAAAAUUCGAACGCAGCAUACGUUCGAUGCAAAAGGUGCGCCAUCGUGAUUCUGAGUUAACUGUUGACGUUGCAUUUAAGCAAAUGUUGUUGCAUACCGAAAAAGAAGUGCAAGCCCGACGUCAUUUCAUCCCCUUGACCGUGGCUCUUUUUUGUGGGCUACCUGGAUCCGGCAAGUCCUGCCUCUGCCAGAAAGUUGUUGAACGUUUGAUGUCGAAUUCAUCGGUUUUCUCGUAUGGUCUUUGUCUGAGUCGUGAUGAGGUAACCCAAUUUCUACGUGAACAGCACCAAAUCGGUCGUGAUUCCACCAAACAUAAACAACGCCGUUUACAAGGCUUAAUCCACAGAGAGUUAUUAUCACGAAUCGAGCAACUGAAUAAAUAUUGCGCUUAUUCUGGACGUGAUCGUCGCGGAAUUUUGCUGUUUGAUGCAUGCAAUGCUACACCCGAUGCCCGUCGUGCUUGGCGACGCUGCUUUCCAUGCAGUUUGCAUGGUGCUUUUUUAGUCUUUGUGGAGUGUAAGGACCAGGAUACCCUUGCCAUGCGUCUCUCCCAACGUAGGGAGCACACCACUCUCAUGAACGCUGAAGAGGCCCAAAGUGCACUUUAUGUAAUCAAGAAAAAGUUUAUACCACCCAGCUCCGACGAGGGUCUUGGUAAGGUUAUUCGUUGCAACACAUCAUCCACAUCCGUGGAUCUUCUGGCCGACUCCCUUGUUGAGAUGUUUUCGGAAAGUUCAGAGGCGACUUCCCUUUUUAGUCCUCUUCAGACAUCCCGUGAGAGAAUGCAGAAAACUGAGUGGAUGAAUUUUGAUGAGCUAACUGUGUCAGUUAAGCUUGAUGAACACACAUUUCUUCGCGGUCUUUUUGGACUCACAGAGUCUGAUUCAUUUAAAUCAGACUCUUUGAUCUCUCUUUCCCAACAUAAGUUGUUGAAGAACGCCUUCAAGAAAAGAACCUUAAUUGUCCUUAAACUUGACAUGAAUGUCGAAAAAUUGCAAAAUGCAGUAGUGAGUGUAUUAAUGAGUCUUCUGAGUGCGAACCUGUCAACGCAAAAUGCUGUCGUGAGCGAAUCCGCACCAUCAUCGACCCCAUGGUGGCGUCGGUGGUUAAGGGAGAUCAUUAUUAAGGAAAGAAGGCCUUCAUGCACCAUAGGGUCGGAUACCACCGUUGAAGCUGGGCAAGUCAAAUGGAUCAAGGGCUGGUUGCUGCAAGGGAAGGUGGAGGCGACUGUAUUCCCUGAAAUCCUCAGCAAAGCUCUUGCGGAGCGAUUUGAAAAAAAAACGGCUUACACCCACGUCACUCUUUUGUAUAGCGCGGACGGCGUAUCCGGAGUGGCUGAUUUCUGGAGGCUCUCCGGGUUUCGUUUAGGCCAGAAGCUAAAAGUUGAACUAAGCGAACUUCUUAUGGAUCGUCUUGCCGUUUGCUUCACCGCCACACUUCCAGGUGGACGGACCUCUCAAUGGCCAAUCGACAAUAGCGUCGACUCAAAGGAUCAUUCUCUGGUUAAUUACCUGCACGCGACGGUUUGCACAGCCGUCGGCGUGAAUGAAAAAUAUUCUGGGGAGAUGUUACACCAUUUUAAGGAAUGGCAGCAGAACGAUGAGGAUCUCGAGGUAUGUCGUGUCGCAAAGUGCGCAAAACGAAGUCGACAAAAGUAUCAUAACUUUGUGAAGCUGUGCUUGACUACACCAAUCGUGUGCUCAGGGACCGUUAUGGAGCUUUCCCAGCAAUUUCCUAAGGAGCUUGUAUGA